AAUACCGAUACUGAAUAUCUCGUCUACGGUAUACUCCGUAUUUUGAUGGAACAUCCGCAAAUUUUUGCAUACAUACCACAAAAAGCAUUUGAUAUUACUAUGAAAAGUAUUAAAUCAAAAUUAGGUCAUGCAGAUGUUGAAACUAUUACAAAUCUUAUCGUUUUAUCGUUAGAAAGAGCCGAGAAACCGUUACAAAUUACACCGGUUGUCACACAAGAAAUUACCGAUGCUUUAGAUGAUUUUUUCUUAGAAGAGCCUGAAUUGUCAGUAAGUACACAAUAA